AUGAACUAUGGACUUUCAACUAAGUCAACACGAUUAUUGGCAUACGAGUUUGCUGGAUUGAUUGAUUGGUUAACAACAGUACAAAAGCCAGUAAAAGUGUUAGCAGGUAAAGGAAGUAAACAAGUAGGAAGAACCACAUCUGCAGAACGUGGAACAUUAGUAACUGUAUGUUGUGCUUCAAAUGCAAUUAGAAACUCUAUUCCUCCACUAUUUGUUUUUCCUAGGGUCAAAUUUCAUGAUUACAUGAUAAAAGAAGGUCCUCCUGGAUGCGUGGGAUUUGCAAAUCCUUCUGGUUGGAUGAAUUCAGACAUUUUUAUAGAAUGGAUAAAACAUUUUGUGAGGUAUUCAAACUGUUGUCAUGAAUCUCCAGUUUUGUUACUUCUGGACAGCCAUAAAAGUCAUAUUUCUGUUAGAGCUUUGGAUCUUGCAAUUCAACAUGGAAUUACAAUGCUAAGUUUUUCUUCCCAUUGUACCCAUAAAUUGAAACCAUUGGAUAGAACUGUUUUUGGACCAUUGAAAAGGUUUUACAAUGCUGCGUGUGAAAAUUGGAUGGUCACAAAUCCAAGACCUAUGACCAUUUAUGAUAUUGUUUCAAUAGUUCGCGAACCAUAUACAAAAGCUUUCUCACCAUCUAAUAUACAGAGAGGAUUUCAAGUAGCUGGCAAUGAGCCAUUUAAUCCAGAAAUUUUUAAAGAUGAUGAAUAUUUACCAUCAUCAGUUACAGAUCGUGCUGCUCCAAAUGUAGUAAACACAAUUCUUGUGGAACCUGAAAUGACUUUAGCACAUGUUGAUGGCAUGGAGCCUGAAAUGCCAUCAUGCAACAAGUUUUUCAAACAAAGUGUCACCAAGCAUUGCUUCAUUACUCUCGCCUGA